AUGUCAUUAACGAACUGCCGGUUCUAUGAGGAGAAGUACCCGGAGGUGGAGAGUUUCGUCAUGGUAAAAGUGAUGCAGAUAGCAGAGAUGGGCGCAUACGUAAAGCUACUCGAAUACGACAACAUCGACGGCAUGAUCCUACUUAGCGAACUCUCCCGGAGACGUAUACGAAGUAUCCAGAAGCUCAUCCGGGUCGGGAGGAACGAGGUUGUGGUUGUUCUCAGAGUGGACAAGGAGAAGGGCUACAUAGAUCUCUCGAAGCGCCGUGUCUCCCCCGAAGACAUCAUAAAGUGCGAAGAGCGAUACAACAAGUCCAAGAUGGUCCACUCGAUCAUGCGUCACGUCGCUGAGAAGACCAACACGCCCAUCGAAACUCUCUACCAAAACAUCGGCUGGCCACUGAACAAAAAGUACGGCCACGCGGUGGACGCGUUUAAGCUGUCCAUCACAAACCCGGACGUGUGGAAAGAAGUCACGUUUCCCAACGACGUCGUCAAGGAUGAGCUGCAGAGCUACAUCAGCAAGCGGCUAACACCUCAGCCAACAAAGGUGCGCGCGGACGUCGAGGUGACAUGCUUCGGCUACGACGGCAUCGACGCAGUCAAGGACGCUCUCAGGACCGCCGAGGCGAAGAACACGCCGGAUAAUCAUGUCAAAGUCAAGCUCGUGUCACCGCCGCUCUAUGUCCUGACAAGCCAGUGCUUGGAGAAGAAUGUUGGGAUCGCGACGCUGGAGGACGCAAUCAAGGAGAUUGAUCAGAAUAUCACAAAGGCGGGCGGUGGAUGCGUGGUCAGAAUGGCGCCGAAGGCUGUCACGGAGAAUGAUGACGCGGAGCUGCAGGCGCUCAUGGAGAAGAGGGAAAGGGAGAACCAGGAGGUUAGCGGAGACGAGGAUGAGAGCUCGUCCGAUGAGGGCGUCGUGGAAGUUUAG